CAACAGAGUUCAGGAAAUAAGCCGUCGUCCGGUAAAACAUCGGAAACAUGGCGAGGAAAUCCGAGUCAAGUGAAGAAAUACAAAAAAACUGUAUAUUCUGUUUGAUAGCCCACGAUCUGGACAAAGAAACGGAAGUGAUUAAAAAGAACGAGGAGCUGGUGUGUUUCAGGGACAUUUCCCCUGCUGCUCCUCAUCAUUACCUUGUUGUACCCAAACAACACAUCCACAGCUGUCACUCCCUGCACUGGGGACACAUCGGCCUUGUUACACGGAUGGCUGAGAUGGGAAAAGCUGUGCUAAAUGAAAAGGGGAUCACUGAUAUGAAGGACAUGAGGCUGGGGUUCCACCAACCCCCCUACACUUCAGUCGAUCACCUCCACCUGCACGUGCUCGCCCCCACCAGCCAAAUCUCACAUUAUGUGGCGUAUAAGUUCAUUCCACGGACCUUCCGUUUUGUAACUGACGAAUGUGUGUUGAAGCAUCUGAAAGAUAAAGCUCCAGCAGCCAAAAACUUAGAAAGCUGUAUGCUGUUUCAGUGAGCCAGCAGCUCCCAAACUGGACUUCUGGAUUAUUGCAGAUGUGCAAAAACCAUCUCAGUGGACU